AGUGUCUGGCUUUGGCUGAUUGGACGGCUGUCGCUAUGUUUGGCAUUCAAUGAUAGAGUGAUUGCGAGAAUGGAGUGAAGUGUGGACUCGUAUCGACACAGAGAGAAGUGACACUCUUAUAGAUGGGACUUAUUGUCAAACGAGCCGUAGUUCUCAUCCGACACUAAUAUAUUAUGGUUCACUACUAUAACCCAUGCAGUAAUAUGUUUCCAUCGGGAGCCACAGCCAUUCACCAUCGCCUCCACCCGGCGGUCACCACUUCUUCGCCGAACUUUAACUUUGUUUCCACAACACUAUCGCCCGGCGACCAGAAUUGCUACCCUCUCUACACCAAUAAUAGCAACUCGAGUCCAUCGGGCGGUCAAACGGUGGCCACACUGUCGAGUGGACCUCAAUUGGGGUUAACCUCGUCGUCGCCGUCAUCGCAGUAUUCGCCAGAAAUUGGCGCUCCGUUGCCGCCGAUGUCUACGGAAGUUCUACAGCCACCGCCGCCCCCACCACUCGGAGGCCCGCAUCACAACUCCUGGUACUCAAUGGUUCCGCAACCGGGAGGCUGUGGGGGCAGGGGUUCAAUGGUUGCCGCAUCUCCUUUCGAAGAGUGGCCGACGCCUAACACUGGAUCCCCGAUCUCAGCGAGCAGUCCAUGCAUUUCUGGCUCACCGGUCAGUUCACUGCCUCCCUGUGCUUUCGCCACCGCUAUGACAAUGCCCUCGUCUUACGGCCAACCCAUCCAAAUGGGCGCAUAUCACGGCAUACAUCGGGCCGACCCCUACAGUGAACACCUUCACCAUAUCCCACAUCACUAUCACUCACAUCCCUAUCAAAACGCUGGUUUAAUCGCUCAGAUGAACAGCGAGGCCACGCCUGUCCAUCCGAGUCCCGACUCGGGUCUCACGGCUUCGAGCGAUGGCGCGGAGUCGCCGAACGGUCACCAAAACGACACCAACGGAGGGCUGACCACAACUCCCAACGGAACGGUCAUAAAGAGCGAGAAUAACUUGAAUCGUCCGCAACCGGCCCGCAGUCCCUACGAGUGGAUGAAGAAGCCGUCGUAUCAGAAUCAGAUCAACCCCACCAAAACGAGAACUAAAGACAAAUACCGAGUGGUUUAUAGCGAUCACCAGAGGCUCGAACUCGAGAAGGAAUUCCAUUACAGCAGAUAUAUUACCAUAAGAAGAAAGUCAGAGUUGGCCUCAUUGUUGUCGCUAUCGGAACGACAGGUCAAGAUUUGGUUUCAGAACCGAAGAGCAAAAGAGCGAAAACAGGCGAAGAAGAGGGACGAAGUGGUCCGUAAAGAUCAUCACAACAAUCAGAUAUUGUUUUGAGUAUUUGCCACAAGUUUUCAUUAUUAUAAUUAUUAUUAAAUUUAUUUGUUAUGUUAGAAAAUUACAUUUUUUUCAUUGAAAAACCCAUUCAUAUAUGUUGAAUGUAUUAUCGUUUUAUCCUAUAAUAAGUUAAUAAUACCUAUGCCUUCACUUAUGGUAUCUAUUAUAUAAAUAUCGUGUUAUUAUUUCUACGAGAAAUGUAAGC